GAAGUCCUUAAGAUGACGUAAGGGUCAUAAUUGAACGCUUGAGUGCUGUGCUGGGGAUUUGCGCGCGACUUUUCGCAAACAGCGCCUGAAGAAUGAGCGGCCCGGCGUCAGCGGAUGAGUUGGCGGCCGUGCUGGAGCAGGUGGUGCAGGCCACGUCGCCAACUGUGGACGCCUACCGCAUGCGCACCCGCCUCAUCGACAGCAUCCAGGGGGCGUUGAAGCACCGCAUAGGCGUGCAAGAUCUGCACGUGCAGCCGUACGGCUCGUUUGUGAGCCAGCAGUACAACGCCGGCUCGGACCUGGACCUGGCCCUGUGCGGCUACAUCCCGGCCGCCAAGCUCAAGCCGGCGGCCCUGGCUGAGAUCUACAGGGGCGAGCCGGAGGAGGAGCUGGUGCCGCUGCACAAGCUGGACAAGCGCACCAAGGCCAACCUGCUGCGGGACGCCGGCUACCGGCUGGCGGGCUCGGGCGUGGCGUCGCGCGACAGCAUGGAGUUCGUGCUGCACGCGCGAGUGCCCAUCGUCAAGUUCGCGGAUCGGGCCACCGGCAUCGAGGUGGACCUGUGCCUGGGCAAUGCGGCCACGUCGUUCAAGGCAUGGAGCGUGGCACGGGUGGCGGAGAUCAACCCCGCGUUCGGCCGGCUGUACAAAGUGGUCAAGCUGUGGGCCAAGGCGCACGGCAUUAACGACGGCGCCUCGCACAUGUUUAACAGCUGGUGCCUGACUCUCGUGGUGAUGUACUUCCUGCAGCAAUACCCCAGCCGCGAGCAGGCGCUGCUGCCGCCGCUGUGCGAGCUGCUGUAUGAGAAGCGGCCGGCGGAGGACUCGCCCAGGCUGAUGCAGAAGGGCGCCGAGCUGCCGCCGGAGGUGCUCAAGGUGAUGGAGCAGCGCGCGUCGCAGGCCGCCAAGGUGUACGGCGCGCGGCCGUGCCCGCCGCUGCUGGAGCUGUUCCGCGACUUCGUGCAGCAGUGCGGCCGCAACCUGCGUGGACUGCUGGCGGCGCAGGAGUCGUUUCGGAGGGGUACGCGCAUCUCUGCUUUCUACGGGCAACUGCUGCACUCGCGGCCGUACGCGUCCCAAUACGUGCUGUGCGUGGAGGACCCUUACGACGACAAUGACAACACCGCACGCACCUUCGGAACCUGGGAUGGGCACCCGGGGACAAUCCACUACGUGACCUCGGUGUUCGAGCGCACCGCGCGGCGCCUCAACAGCAUCCUUGGAGCCAGCAGCGCUCCCUCCACCUCGACAGCUUCCAGCUCAGCCGCGUCAGACGCCUGGGAGGCCGAGUCUAACGCAUCCAGCUCCAACGCCUCCAGCAGCACAGGCACGGCUGCGGCCGGGAAGGUACCGCCGCAGCCUCCCUCUCUGGCGUCCACGCUGGUGUUCCUGUUCGGGCCCCAGCUGGUCAACAAGCUGCCUGACCUUAGCCGGCGGCUGCUGGGGCCGCAGCUGCACGCCUGGGCUGUGUCACAGCAGGGCCGGGUGCCUGCAGGCGAGCUGCACACGCAGCUGCUCAAGGCGCUGGGCGCGGGCGAGGAAUUCAUGUGCUUCGAGUCGUUCAAGCGGCGGCACAACAUCCGCGUGCUGAACGAAGUCAAGUACACCACCGCAGAGGAGAAGGCGGCGGCUGCUCUGGCAGCGGCAGCCAAGCGCGAGGCCAAAAGGGCCAAGGACGCGGCCAAGCGCGCCGUCAAGAACCAGCGCAAGGAGCGCGAGGCAGCCGCCGUGGCGGCUAGCACUGCGCCAGCCCCUGCCUCCACGGCGGCCCACGCAGCUGCUGCCGAGGCCGCGGGCGCGCCGCGGUCGGGGGCAGCGGCGGCCGGACAUGCAGCGGAAGUGUCGGCCGCCGCAGCUGUGGCUGCAGCGGAGGCGGCAGCGGCGUCACGGCCCCCGCGGCCCAACUCCCGCAUUGCGCCGGACGCCCGCAACCUCUUGAACCGCGUGGUGGCGUCCACGCUGCAUGCUGGAGGUGCAGGAGCCGCAGCCGGGGCCGUGCAGGGCCGGCGCUCUUUGGACGGGCAUCCGGGGCCACUGUCGCCGUCGGCGGUGUCAGCCAGCACUGCAUCGGCAGACGCGCUGGCAGCGGCGGGCCGGGAAGCGCAUCACGCGGCGGAGCCGGCCCAGUCGAAUCAGCCGUAUGGGCAUCGCAACCAGAACCACCGGGAGCGAACGCGGCCAGCGCAUCCAAUGAACGCAGAUCGCGCCGGUGAGACGCCGGCCAUCAGCGCGGAUGUAAGCUCCAGCAGCCAUCACCAGGACAUCGGCCCCGCAGCUGCGGGCGAUCCGCGCCAGCCCGGCAACCGCCGGCAGCAACAGCAAAGCGGCGCUAGCCGCCAGCCGGAUGGGUCGCGGCGGGGACCCCGGGCUGUGGGUGGACGCGGGGGCAGCAAUGACCGUGGGGGCGGUGACGACGGGGGCGGGAGCAGCGCCCCCGAUAUGGCGGCAGUGCAGGCGGCCAUGCAGGGCCUGCAGGUCUCGAGAGCAAGAGCCAGUGGCGGGGACGCGGGGGCGGCAGGCCCCAGCACCAGCGCGGCUGCAGCCGGUAUUGUGGACGACGGAGCGGCUGCAGAAGGAGCGGCGGGGCGGGGCCGGCACGGCGGCGGCCGGAGCGGUAGGCCCGCGUCACGGCAGCAGGGCAGGGAAGGGUCUGGGCGGCAGAGGAUGGACGGCGGCGGUGGCGAACAGCAGGGAGGUGGUGGUGAAGGAGGGGCUGGAGCAGAGGCUGCGUCGGCAGCGCCGUCCAGUCGGUCUGGCGCACCGUACUUCGUGGGCCCUCGCGGGAAAAGCGGGCGGAAAUACAGGCCCGCAUCAGGAGCAGCGCCCGUCACGGCCGCUGCGGCGGCCGCCGCGCAAGUGCUGUCGUAAUGUGCGCAGAGCCAUGCGGCGCUUACUGCAGACUAUGCAUUCAGAGGCGAGCUGCCAUGGCAAGUGCCGAUGGGGUAGACAGGAUGAUGCUGUCAGAUGGGGGUCGACCGGCGUAUGUUUAAUUCUGAUCCAAUCUGCCUGGAGCGCGGCGUGUCGUGACUUGUACGCCCAGGCCCGUGUGUACACGGAACUCGCUUUAAUGCCUGUGCCACUUCUUCGUCAACUUUGGCCUUCAAAGCACAUGUGUAACAGAUUCCGUAC